AUGAUCAAAGUGAUUGUUUUAGUCGCAGUUCUGGUUGUACUCAUUUGUUCUGAAUGCAAGUCAGUGGACGAAGACGGUGGUCCAGAUGGUGGCGAUUUCAAUAGCGCCCGAGUCAAGAGAGAAUUCGAACCUCCGAAAAUCAAAGGCUGCCCAAGAGGUGAAUCUUUUUCCUUUAGAGAUGAAACAUGUGUCUCUGAUAGUUCUUCCAGUCCCUCGUGUCAAUAUUAUUGGAUGAUGAAUGCAUGUUGGUGCAAAUGUAAGAUAAUACAAUUGAGAACAACUUCAAAAAAGUUCGUUCGAGAAACCGAGAUUGUCAUUCGGCCGUCAUGCAUCGAACUUUACAUGGUGCUCGAUUGGGUCCAACUGCUUUCAAAUAAGAAGCUUUUAUCAAACUCCAACUGA